GAGGGGCCCCGGGGCUGGAGGAAGCGCUGAGAGGGCGCGGCCGAGCGGGGACCCGGGCUCCCGGCAGCGGGCCGCCCCGGGGGCGGAGGGGAGUGGCCCGCCGCGGCCUUAUUUCCUCCAGCGCCAGCGCAGCCCGCCCGGAGCCCGAACCGUCGAACCCCGCGCCCGCCCGCCCGCGUCCAUGCCGCCCCGCCGGCAACCGCCAGCCGCGUCUGGGCCUGGGGGCCCGCGCCCCGCCGUCCUGCUGCUCGCGCCGCUGCUGUUGCUGGCCCUCCAAGGGGUGGCGGCGGCACCCGCGGCGCCCGGAGGGGCCGAGGACUCCCCUGGGCUCCAGGACGCCGAGCUCCAGCGCGGACUCCUGCAGCAGGCGGCGCGCGCGGCGCUGCACUUCUUCAACUUCCGCGCGGGCUCGCCGAGCGCCCUGCGAGUGCUGGCCGCCGUGCUGGAGGGCCGCGCCACGGUUAAUCCAAAGAAGGAAUGUCAAGUUGACCUGGUGUUUACCACAGAUCACUAUAACCGAGAGGAUGGUGAGGAACGUUUGGGGAAAUGUUCUGCUCGAGUGUUUUUCAGGAAUCAGAAACCCAGACCGGCCAUUAAUGUAACUUGUACACGGCUCAUCGAGAAGAACAAAAGACAACAAGAGGAUUACCUGCUUUACACGCACAUGAAGCAACUUAAAACCCCGUUGGAUGUAGUCAGCAUACCUGACAGUCAUGGACAUAUUGAUCCCUCUCUGAGACCCAUUUGGGAUUUGGCUUUUCUUGGCAGCUCUUACGUGAUGUGGGAAAAGACAACCCAGUUCUUACACUACUACAUGGCACAGAUCAGCAGUGUUAACCAAUGGAAAACAAAUGAUGAUGCAGUUGAUUUUGAUUAUACCGUUCUACUCCAUGAAUUCUCGACACAGGAAAUCAUUCCCUGUCGUAUUCACUUGGUCUGGUACCCUGGUAAACCACUUAAAGUGAAGUACCACUGUCAAGAGCUACAGACGCCAGAAGAAGCCUCUGGAACUGAGGAAGGUUCAGCUGUGGCACCAACAGAGCUUAAUUUCUGAAAAGAAAAAAGGAUCUGCUUAUACCAAAUUCUAAACAAAAUGACUAUACUAAAUAGCCUAAAUAAUUACUCUGAUAAAAUAGGUAAGGUAUAAGGUAGUCUAAUAUUUGAGAAAGCCUGCAAUUACAAUACUCAAAAAUUAAAAGAUGCUUUAAUUCUGGGAACAUAGGCAUACACUGAACUCUGCUCAGUGCUAAACAGUUUCCUCCACGGGUUUCUCAGGGUUUCAGCCCUAAAAUCUAAAAAAGUUAGUGUAUGCUGUAAUUGGAUCAAUAA